AUGAGUCAAACAUUGAAAUUGAGAUGUUGAUGGAGCAUAAUAGUACAGAAGAUUUUUCUGAAAUGAAUAGCUUUGAUAAUAAUGAAGAUAUCCUGGAGCUUUCUGUUGGUAAAACAUUCCAAAGUUGGGAUCAAGUGGCAAGUUUUAUGAAAAAAUACACUGCAGCUAAGGGCCAUAGAAUUCAAAUCAGUGGUGGUGAAAAAAAAAAUACAACAACGCAAGAAAUAAUGAAACAGACAUAUUUAUGUCAUCAUGCUAAAAAGCCUCCAAAUCAAUUGAAUGGAACAUCUUGUCAGAAUAAAAAUUGUAUUAAAGUCAUGGCCUUAAAUAAUAAACAUGUUGGCUACGAACUUCAUCCAUUAGCAAGCUGUUUCGAUCCGAUGUUAAGAAAGUUACCAAAAGAAAUUGUUGAAGAAAUUUGUUUCUUAAUAGUUGUGGCUAAGGCAGAUGCAACAAUGCAAUAUCAAGUAAUCCGAGAGAAAUACAAAACCAGAAUAUAUAGACCAGACCUCUACAAUGCUAUUAGUAGGUUUCAUCAUGAUUCAGAACCAGGGAAAGAUGAUAUGGAAGUAUUGUUAAAAAGACUUUAUGAGAAAAAAAUUGAAGAUCCCUGUUGGGUGUUUUUGGUGGAAAUUGAUCCUGUCACUUCUUCUCUGAUCCAUCUUUUUUGGAUGAGCCCCGAUGUACAGUCAACCUCCCAUAAUGAGAGUGAAAACUCAAUACUAAAAUGCCUUUUUGGAACUUCGAACCUUUCAUUAUAUGAAUUGUUUGAUGCUUUAGAAGAAAGGUACCAGGAAGAGAAUGACUACUAUAAGUUCAUAAACUGGAAGCAAAUUAUACCACAAAUAGAAUCACAAAGUAUAGCAAAAACUAUUUUUAAAUCUGUUGUAAGACAGCUUAACGAAUUCAUAAUGUCUAAUAUAAUAAAGAAACAGGAGGAACAAAUGAAUUUAAGUCUUCAUUAUCAUGCUAUAGAAAUUAAUUUUGAAGUUGCAUUUUCUAAAGAGAAAGAAGUUGAUAAACCAGAUCAGUGCAUUGAUAACUUAUUUGACUGUUCACAAGUACAAUUGAGCUCGUUUAUAACCGAUUCUUUAACAAUUCUUGAACCUGGUGUUAAUUAUGUUAAAGAAUUUAUGAAUAAGGUUGUUUCAGAACAGUCACAUAAAGAAAUAUUUAGUGCUAUUUCAAAAAAAUGUAAAUUUGGUGAACUUUGGAAGUUGGAAAGAAAGAUAAUAGUUGACGCAAUUGAGGAUAACAAUGAAGAUUUUUAUCAUGAGCUUUUUGGUUUUUUUUCAGCAAUCCAAAAAAAAAUAAAAAAUAAUCAUAACAUGAGUAGUAGUAAUCUUAACUAUGGUAUUGGUAAUAAUGUUAGUGCAAUUAUUCAAAAUCCUACUGAACAAAGACUAAAAGGUCGACCUAAAAAAUUAGAUUUAAAAAGAAUUAAAAGUGUUAUAGAAAAUUUUAAUACUAAAACUCAAUAUAAGUGUAAAGUAUGCAAACAAAAAGAUCAUAAUAGUAAAACCUAUAAAGAAAAAAAGCCAUUAAAUAUUGAUGAUAAUCAAGAGAAUAAUGAAACUGGAAGGUAG